AUGAUAUUCUCAAAAGCGACAACUUCACGUAGGUGUUCAAAUAUUGCUGAUGUAAGCGAGUGGCACAUCAACAAACUGCUGGGAUCUGGCGGCUUUGGAGAUGUCUACAAAGUAGUAAAAGAAAAUGAUGCCGAUAAAAAGGAGUACGCAAUGAAAACAGAAAUGUGCGAGGGCGACAAGCGCAUGCUUCGUUUGAAAAUUGAAGUACGCGUACUCGGACUCUGUCUGAAUGUCGAAAAUCCCGAAAAACGAAAGCACUUCAUAGAUCUCAUUGAUCGAGGAAAAACGGAAAAAUUCAAGUUUAUGGUAAUGAGCUUGGUGGGUCCAUCAUUAGAAGAUAUUCGCAAGAACAUAGUCGGUCGAAAUUUUUCCAAAUCGACGGGCAUGCAGGCUGCAUACCAAACAUUGCAAGCAAUUGGCGAUCUCCACGAAAUCGGUUACCUACAUAGGGACAUUAAACCUCAAAAUUUCGCCGUAGGAUUAGGUGAAGACGAGAAAACCAUAUACAUGCUUGAUUUUGGAAUUGCUAGGAAGUACACAGUGGGAAACACUAAGCAAGUAAAGUACGUUAAAAUUUCUGGGAACACUUCGGUUUGCUUCGCGAGCUUGCAGAAAAGACGACCUAGAAACCUGGAUUUACAUGGUUCGAUAAAAUCAAGUCAAGUGGUAGUUUACAAAGAAAAAUUUUUUCGAUUUCAAUGUGAAUGUUAUCGCUUGGUACCCAACCAGUUUAAACGCAUAGUAGAAUAUGUUAACGGCAUGACCUUUGAAGAAACGUCAUCUGAUAAUAAAAACACUGGAUCCGACGACUCAGAGGAAAGCGACAAAAUUUCAAAGGGAAGUAGAAGCAAACUUCGUAGGAGAUCCGGCGACAGACUUAGUAGCGAUAGUAGAAAAAGGAACAGUACUGUUGGAAGGAAGAAACUUGAGGGGGUGGCGGUGGCAGGACAGCAGUAG